AUGACGGCGAAGUCGGCCGGAGAUGACCGGAAGCAAUAUUCGGCUGAAAUAGCGACCUCCAUGAAACAGGCUUCAAACGUUGGUGACACUCGAGAACUCUACCAACCUAUCUGCCAAGUUAGCGGCAAGCCCUCUACACUGAGUGACUCUGUUAAAGACGUGAGUGGCGUCUCUAUUGCUGAUAACUCAGCCAAAGUCUAGAGCUGGCGUGAGCACUUCGAGCACCAUCUCGACUUCGAUACCCAACCAAACUCGUCCUUGUUAUCCUCUGCAGCGGAGUUUCUUCGCUCCAAUCUAUGCAGUGCCAUGCAACUCCCCUUCUGAAGGAGAGGUCGACGAUGCCAAACGAAAGCUACACCACAACGAGGCACCCGGAGAGGACGGUAUACCCGCUGAAAUUUACAAGUCUUCUGUCGACACCCUGGUGCCCUGACUCCAUGAGGUGAUUGAAGAAGCGUUCAGGAACGAGGUUACUCCUGAUGACUGGGGUUUAGGCAUCCUUGUACCUAUCCUCAAGAAGGGAGAUAAUAACACAAGGUGCGAGAAUUACCGCGGUAUAGGCCUCGUCGACGUUACUACGAAGAUCUUUGCUUUUGUCCUACUCAGGCGAUUCCGGGUUGUGCGCGACUUUAGAACGAGGCCUAACCAAGCCGGAUUUCGUGCUGGACGUAUAUGCACAGACCAGGUAUUCACUCUGAGACGCAUUCUCGAACUUAGCUACCAGCAACCGAUGACCGUCUGCUUCGUUGACCUUGCCGCCGCAUUCGAUUCCGUUCAUCGUGAGUCCCUAUGGCGGAUAAUGGCGCUAAAUGGUGUACCGGCAAAAAUCAUGGCAAAAAUCAAGGCCUAUUAUCGCUCCACUACUGCGAGAGUCCUGGUCUGCAACAAUCUUCCCCAACCGUUCGGUAUUUAGUAUGGCGUCCGACAGGGUUGUAUCCUGUCACCCAUACUGUUUGACUAUGCUAUUGACUGGAUCCUCGGGAGGGCCCUACGCGAGAGUGACUGUGUUACAUUUGCACCCGGACACCGACUGACUGAUCUCGACUAUGCUGAUGAUGCUGCCUUACUUGCUUCAAGUUUUGGUGAUCUGCAGUCUAUGGUGUCAGGGGUGAACGAAGUCGCUAGAUCGGUCGGUUUAUCCAUAAACGCUGGGAGGGCUAAAGUGUUUUCAAGCUGCAUCCCUAAUCAAGGCAAGGCACCUCUCGGGCUUUAUGCUUUUCAAAUUGAAGAAUUAGGCAGUUUUAAAUACCUUGGGUCGAUACUGCUGCCAAAUGGGCAGAGUAAGGAUUAUAGUGUCUCCUGACUCGAUGCUACCGGACGGGUUUCCUCAAGCUUUAGAAAGUGCUUAUAGAUCCACCGCGAACUCUGCAUCGCCACUAAGAUUCGCGUGUACCGUAUGUCUGUCCGGCCUGUCGUUUUUUUAUGGUUGUGAAUGCUGGGUUGUGCGUGUGGAGGACGGGUGAAAACUGGAGGUAGUUGACCACCACUGCUUGAGGACCAUCCUUCGAGUGAAGUACACCGACUUCUCAAAUGAGACAGUCCGCGCUAACUGUGACAACAUCGCAAGGAUAACCCAGGCCAUCCAAGAAAGGCGAUUGAAGUGGUCCGGGCAUGUCCUUUGUCGUCCACCUCCAGAGCUCAGUGUUACUGCCCUUGAUCCGACACCGUUACCCCGUUGGAGGCGUCGAAGAGGGAGUCAGCCCAAAACCUGGCUCGACACAGUUCGUCAAGACAUGGGGGUGGUUUUUGGACCUUCGGUAUUCGGUCUACGUCGUUGGCGAAGGGAAUGGGUUGAACCGUCCAGAUCUGCUGCCGCAGAUCGUCACGCAUUGGGAGGUACAGUUGGGGACAUCACCGAAGACGGCUAUAUCAGUCAUGAUUACAGUCUUAUCAAGUAAAAGUAAGUACCGGCGCGUGCAGCCAGCUCCUGGUUUUCUCGACCAGAAUUUUACCAAUACAAGUAAAGGGGAACGCCUCGGAUCCCAAUUUAAUGCAGUUGUCAUAGAGACCACGUCAAGGAGGAGCCUUUGCGGUCUGGUUCAGUCAAAUCGGCCACUCCACACAAACACACAUUGGGCUGAGCGCAAGGUCCGAGUUAUCCCGUUCGUUGGCAGCCUCCCGAACCAAGACUUUUAGCGCAACGCGGUGGCUUCAAGUGGCUCGAAUUAUUUGUAGUAAAGAGUAUGCUCUGAGACCACCGAUUGCACCCUCGUCCCACUCCAAGGCACGCAUCGGAGCCGAUCGGUUGUCUGAUGUGGGGAGUGGACGCAGUGGCUUGGCGACCAGGCUAUGCGUGCCACAUGCACGAUCGCCAGUUGGCAACCUUCCAGGUCAUGAAUUUCAGCACACCGUGAUAUUCUAAAGGUCGACCUUACUCACUCUAACCCAUCCCAUGCGCCAUUUGCUUCUUCGAGCCAGUCAACCAACUGAAGCUGAGAUUGGGGGAGGGUGGCCUACGGACUCACGUCCCACACACCACCUAGACCUUCAAAGACACGCACCAGGAUUGGACACACAAGAGGCUCCAGACACUGGUUCGACAGUCUCUGUGCGGUGGAUUCGCAGGUGGCCGGCCGGACUGUGGCGUAAGAUGAAUGUUCUGUAAAUGUCGACGGAAUAGGUCGGGGAACGCUUACUCGGUCACGACCGUGACAUUAUCACUGGUGAUUGCGCUUGAGGAUGGGUGGUCGGAAGGCCUGGGAAUUGAAGAAGUGGAGGGCGUGCGAGGUGUGACGAUAAUGUGUUGAGUUCCGCCGUUGUAGAUGCGCAUGUGAUCGAGUAGAUUCACUGGUUGAGUGAAUUUGCUGGGACAGUGCGUGAAAUGGAGGCGGAUGCGACGGGUGUAGGUGGGAGGUACCCUAGCCGCAGUGUGGAGGAUUCGCUAGCUGUCGCAAUGAGGACAGGUUGCGACCGAGACCACAUCGCUGAUGGUGAAGUUGUUAAUGGGGGGGGGAUUGACUCGGCGCUGAUAUAGUUCUCACCAAUGAUGGGAGUUGGAGAGGAGUUAGUUACUGUAACCGCGGAGGUUUUGGCUGGAAUGAUGAUGAUGAUGAUGAUGAUGAUGAUGAUGAUGAUGAUGAUGAUGAUGAUGAUGAUGAUGAUGAUGAUGAUGAUGAUGAUGAUGAUGAUGAUGAUGAUGAUGAUGAUGAUGAUGAUGAUGAUGAUGAUGAUGAUGAUGAUGAUGAUGAUGAUGAUUACAAUGGUUGA